GCGGCGGAGCUCCUCCUGGACGGAUGUGUUCUCUUCAGGGGUCGUAAAGUUGUCAACUCCAUCUGAAAACGUCCAUCACCGAGCGGACUCCCGAGAAAAAGCGCCGAAAGUCCCUCCGUGAGAAGAGAGCAACAGUGGGAGGCAUCCGAGGAGCGUAAAGAAAAGGAGGGGGGAUGGUGGUCCCGUACGAAGGCCAGUCCUUCUCUGCUCUGAAGAGGAGCUGCCAACAGAAUGGAAGCCUGUUUGAAGACCCUCUGUUCCCGGCGUCGGACCAGUCUCUGUUCUACCAGAAUAAUCAAAUUGGCCGAGUCACCUGGAAGAGACCCAAGGAGUUGAGCAGCGACCCCCAUCUGUUCGUGGAUGGCAUCAGUGCCCACGACUUGCAUCAAGGCCAGCUGGGAAACUGCUGGUUUGUGGCCGCUUGUUCCAGCCUGGCGUCCAGAGAAGCACUGUGGCAAAAGGUGAUCCCAGACUGGAAGGAUCAGGAGUGGGACAAAGAUAAACCCGAGUCCUACGCCGGGAUCUUCCACUUCCGGUUCUGGCGGUUCGGCGAGUGGGAGGACGUGGUGAUCGACGACCGGCUCCCGACGGUGAACGGAGAGCUCGUCUACUGCCACUCCAACGACAGGAACGAGUUCUGGAGCGCUUUGGUGGAGAAGGCCUACGCCAAGGUGUGCGGCUGCUACGAAGGUCUGGACGGGGGCAACACGGCCGACGCGCUCGUGAAUUUCACCGGAGGCGUUUCUGAACCAAUGGACCUGACGGAGAACGGCUUCAAAGAUGACGAGGAGAAACGGAACGAGCUGUUUGAGAGAGUCCUGAAAGUCCACGACCGAGGAGGCCUCAUCAGCUGCUCCAUCCGGGCGCUCACUGCAGCGGACAUGGAGGCCAAACUGACCUGCGGUCUGGUGAAGGGACAUGCGUACGCCGUGACAGACGUCCGCAGAGUCCGGCUCGGCCACGGCCUGUUGGCCUUCUUCAAAUCAGACAAACUCAACAUGAUCCGGAUGAGGAACCCCUGGGGGGAGAGAGAGUGGAACGGACCCUGGAGUGACAGCUCUGAGGAGUGGAAGAAGGUCAGUAAGAGUGAGCGGGAGAGGAUGGGCGUCACGGUGCAGGAUGAUGGGGAGUUCUGGAUGACUUUCGAUGACUUCAUUGCAAACUUCACAGACAUCAUCCUCUGCCGUCUCAUCAACACGUCCUACAUGAGUCUCCACAAGACCUGGGAGGAGGCCGUGAUGCGGGGCUCCUGGCGUCGCCAUGACGACCCGCUCCUCAACCGGGCCGGCGGGUGCACCAACAACAAGAGCUCCUUCCUCCAGAACCCGCAGUACGUGUUUGACGUGAAGAAGCCGAAGGACGAGGUUCUGAUCUGUCUGCAGCAGAAAGACCGCCGAGCCACUCUGAGAGAAGGCCGAGGAGAAAACCUGGCGAUUGGCUUCGACAUCCACAGAGUGGAGCUGAACAGGACUUACCGGAUGCACGUCACCCAGCAGAAGGUUGGAGGAAGCGUCUACAUCAACUCCAGGUCUGUGUUCCUGCGCAUCGACCUGACUGAGGGGCGCUAUGUCAUCAUACCCACGACCUUUGACCCUGGCCUGGAGGGAGAGUUCCUGCUCCGCGUCUUCACAGACGUUCUCUCCGACUGCAAGGAGCUGACGCUGCACGAGCCUCCUCAGACCUGCUGGUCCGGGUUGUGUGGUUACCCCUCUCUGGUCACUCAGGUCCACGUGCUGCAGGCCAACGGCCUCGCAGGGCAGGACUCCAGUGGAGCCUCAGAUCCUUACGUGAUCAUUCGCUGCGAAGGAGCGAAGGUUCGCUCUGCGGUCCAUAAAAGCACCUGCAGCCCCGUCUUCAACACCAAAGGACUCUUCUACAGGAAGAAAGCCAACCGGCCAAUCAACAUCGAGAUCUACAACCACAACGUGCUCGCCGACUCCUUCCUGGGUCAGGUGACGCUGCCCGCCGAGCAGGGCAAAAUCCAGAAGACGCUCCACCUGAAAGACAAGGGCGAUCGCCGUGACGACGACCUCCCCGGGACCAUCACUUUGACCAUCGAGACCAGUUCAGUGCUGACCAGCAUCUGACGUUACCGCAUGUUUACCAGACCGCAGCGGUUCUGUUUGAGAUCGUUUACAACCCUAAACAGAAAUGAGUAUAAAUCCAAAAAAACACACAGAUGUUCCAGAACACCUGCUCCAGGUGUGUCCAAAUACUCUGAAAGUACUUUGUUUGCUCCUAAACGUUGUUUA